AGUUUUGUCUCUCCCAUUCAACGACGCGAUUGUCUACCGUCGCCUUUACGUAUGUUUCCUCCUAACGACCGAGAGUGCCGGUUUUAAACCAUUUAAUCAUCUUCGUAUACGCAGGAGCGAUGUUGUUUUUUUAUUAAAGAACCGCGGAGAUAUAUUUGCAUAUUAGAAAGAACAAGUAAAAGAUAUACGCGUAAUAAAUACACAUCUGCAGGUGAAUUUUACCGGGCCGCCGUUUCAAAUUGUACGAAUAACUUAUAUAAGAAUAAUGUAGAAUAAUUAUCGUCGAUUCUUCUAUAAUCUUUGAUAGUCAACACCUUGCGCGUUAAUAGUGAUCGUUUGUCGGUGCAGAUUCGUCGUUUAAUGAUAUAAUCUGCGGCCGGUUAAAAACGAGGCGCGAUUUUAAUUUGUUUUUAUUUUUUUUUAUACAUCGAUUCAGGAGCAAAACAAUUCGAUCACUUCGAGUGGUUUAAGAUUGGUAAUGAGCGUGAAAAAUAAAAACGCUUCAAACACUAUGACAACCAAAAUUGGGGAAAAGCUCGGUGAAAUCGUCGUUGCUGGUGCCGAGGCCGCGGCUCAAAUUUCUGUUGGCCAAGGAAUUCUCAGAGUUACUGAUCGUUUGCUGUGGGUCGUUGAAAAAUCUGCACAAUGGAGUCUACCGAUCCAGGAAGUCAGUUCCGAAGAGAAUGGCAAGGCCUUUGGACCUAUAGAACUUGUGCGUCCGUUGCCCUGGAUAUUUUUCCUGCCAAGUUUGAUAAUGCUGCGAGUUUUUAGACUCAGCGUAAACGUUGGUGCCAUCGUUCUUGGCUAUCCCAAGCUACAGGCAACUGGAAUGGUGAAGAUCAUUCAGAAGGGGCGUCGACGACUUCGCGCAAUAAAAAUAAGUGGCAUGAGAAAUAUGAAAUCUCGGAGGGGCUCGACAAAGAAGGAGGAGGAAUUGAGCGAAGCUAAAAGGAGCCUCGUUAGUUCGAUGCUCUCCACCCUGUCAGCUUUGUCCUGUUUGGAAGCUUCCCGAAGAACUCCGUCACCUCCGCCAACUAAAGUUUAUGUCCAAUCCAGUGAGCCGGAUGCAACCCCAACACCGGAGGAACAGUCGAUGACCGAAUCUGCCAACUCUCACGUUGAAUCGAAGCGGAAAUAUUCACAGGUUACUGAACCCGAUGAGACUUCUGGAGAAUCGGAAGAAGAAUCAACACAGGCACAGCUUGACAGAUUGGCGGCCGAAGACAGUGAGGCUGAUGAUGAAGACUUUGAUCCUGCUAAAGCAGAAUUGGCAGCUUCUGAGAGUUCCAGUGCCGAGGAAGACGAUGGUGAUUAUUUAAGUGAGUCAGAAAUCAACGAUCUUCGCCUUGCCUGCCAUUUGAGCACCGGAAUAGUCAUCAAAGAUGUAAUCGCUGAAGAAUUGGAACCAGAACCAGAAACAACAGUAGAUGAUGAAAUAGGAACAAACGAAAUGUUGGUUCCGAUAAACAAAAUGACCGAAGAAAAGUCGCCAGUCACAUUAGAAGCAGCAGAAAAAACCGAAAAUGAUAACCAACCGCAUGAUUCACAUACAGUCGGUACUCCUGAACAAGACGGAAUAAUUUCGGGAAAUUUUCAUUCUCCAAUCAAUUCGCAAAGUGAUUCUAUUGGAGAUUAUGCAUCCCCUGAAAUGAAUGAUUUAGCAAAGCAUCAAAGUGAUAUAUGUGAGCAGUUCAAUGACGUGUCCGACAAGAGCAAUACGGACAUAGAAACGCAUUUUGAUAAUGGAGAUCUGAAUGUUAGUGAAUCUUCGACAAUUUCAGGAAAUUCUCCAGAGGGGACUACCACGAAUGGUACCAAGCACCAGAAACGAAGUAAUGCAACCGGUAAAUCUCACCACAAGGGAAAGCAUGCCAGCUUGUCACACCGCAAGAAAAAAUGAGCUGAAACGGAGUACAUUUUCAACAAAUGAAUUAUACUGACGGAAGUGCACUGUUGGACUUUGCAUAAUUCUUUCUUAAACCGUCAAUGGGUACUUCGAUAAAAAUAAAUGGAUGUAAAAAAAAAAAUCAAAGAAAACAAAAAAAGGUAAAAGAAAGAAAAGAAUUGCUGGGGAGAAAAAACAGAUAACAUACUACUCACGCUUGACGGUGUGUAGUGAUACAUGUUUACCGCAAAAUCGUACCUUACCACACCUAGACUUAUGUAACGUGUCAUAAAAAUUGUACGGGCGCAAUUGAAUCGCGAGAAGAAAUGGUUUACUCUUAAUUUAAUAACUGAAUUAAUAUCAUAGUAAUUUUAAGAGAGUGGUCUGAAGCAGUGCAUAAUCAUGGUUAUCGUAUAUUUUUUAUCUUAUUUUAUCCUUUUAUUGUUACAUGUUAUAUUAUUACUGGUAAUUUUUGCGCGAAAUCGAUACCGAUGUGAAUUGACUGUUUUCAAAUAUUUUUUUACGCCCAAUAAUUCAACACUGGUAUGAAAGUGAUGUGAUUUUUUUGGAAUCUAGUAUGCAAAAAAACAAGUCACAUUUGUCAUCUCAAAGCUCAUGAGAAAUUCGCUUUGAGAAAGCUGACGGUGCAUUCAACCAUGUCGGUUGAAUUUCAAAGCGAUUUACGCGUAAAAGUUGGUUAUCCCAUAUCCACGGGAUGAGCUUCUUUAUUGAUUCCUGAGUCUGAUUGAAUUUCAUUUUCCACUAGGUUAAUAUUACAUAAGUAAGAGGAAAAGAAUUGUCGGAAUAUCGAACACACUUGUCACCAAAGAAGAUUGAUUAUUGUAACCCUAAUUCCGAUACGAUGAAAUAACUUUCAAACGUUUGUUUCAUACCAGAGCGUUUAGCAAUUUUGUCGCUGGUCGAAAAUGAGUGGAAAAUAGAGACGGCAAAAGUC